GGUGCACCACCGCGUCAGCCACAUCCUACGACCAGCCCUCCUUCUCAGCUAGCUGCUCCAGUCGUGAAGCCUCACAAUGCUUGGUGCACUUUCAUCACGUGGGUUGAACCCGCAAGUGGUCCUGAUGAUGAUGACUUCACCUACGAACUCCAUGUGAGGAACGCUGAGUCAGAGCACUGUCUAUUGAUCGCCGAGAUCGGACAGGAUCCGCAGGUGCAGCUGAAUGGCCUAGAAGCGGGGCAGACCUAUUUCUUCCAGGUCCGUGCCUGCAACGCCGCGGGCGCCAGUGAGUGGAGUCUGUGGUCUGAAGGCUAUUUGGUCCCGCAACCUUUGCAGACGCUUGCCAGGAACGAAGAAGGAGAGGAGAUGGAUCCCUUGACCUCCUCGGACUCGGCGACCUCCAUCAAACUGGAGUGGGAUGAGCCCUGUAGUCAAGGAGCUCCCAUCAUCGGCUACCGCGUGCAGUACUGCUUCGACCCCUUGGAAGGGCCUACGGAGACGAUCACGUCGCUUCACAGGCGCACAUGGUUGGUCGUGAACAAUCUGGAGCCCAGUCAUUUAUACUUCUUUCGAGUACAAGCCUUGAAUGAGGUGGGUGCGUCCGAGUGGACCAAUUGGAGCGAUGGAGUUGCCACCAAGGCUGUGGGGCCAGAAGUGCCUGAACCGCCGAAGCUGGCCAAAGCCUACUCCAGAAGUUUAAGCAUCGCCUGGUCUCAGCCGUUCUCCUGUGGCUUCGAGCUUCACACCUACGACCUCAAAGUCUCCUGCGAGGACGCCUCCAUGAGAGACGCCAUUCUGGUUCGCGGAGACAAAGAGCUCGCGAAGAAGUGCACCUUGGAGCUCAAUGACUUGAAACCCAUGCAUGAGUACUACUUCCAGGUGCGUGCGGUGGCCUCCACCGGCACGUCGGAGUGGAGCCAAGUGGCGGGACCCUUCAAGACGCGCAUGGCGGCGCCCGAGAGCUGUAAGGACUUGGUCAUCACCAAGAAUGACAUUCGGAAGGUGGGUCUGCGAUUCUCCUCUCCGGAGUCGCAUCGACUUCCAAUCCGGAAGUUCAUUGUUCGCUGGUCCGAGGACUACUUGAUCAGAGAAGAGAAAGGCCGUAUGGAGGUGCCGGUGGAGGAAGAUCUUCCCAUCGGCAGCGAGGUCACCUGUGUGGUUCCCAACCUGACUCCAGGCUGGAAGCUUUACUUUGACGCCGCAGCGGUCACACAGGCGGGCAUCGGCCAGUUCUCGGCUCCCACGGGUGAGGUGAUUUGUCAUUGUGACAAACCCGGAGAGCCCAAGCCUCCUGUGUGCAAAGAGAAGACGAAAUCGACCUUCGUGCUGGAGGUUCAGGACCUCGCUGAAACGAACGGCAGCGACGUGUUCAGGUACGAGCUGCGCUAUGACCUGGCUCCAAUGAUGCUGAAAGCGGUCAUGGUGAAAGGGCCGAUGAAAUGUGUUCAGGAGGUUGGAGCUGGACCCCGUCUCUUUCAACACAUCUUGAGCAGCCUGGAGAAGC